AUGUCCCCAGUGCAGAGUCAUAAUUUCAAAAACGAGACUCUUUCAUCUUCGUCAUCCAUUCCAACCAAAGGAGUACAUUACCCAGGACAAACGGAUGACUGUCUCACUGCUGACACCGUUCACGAAGACCCCUCUACCUUAACAAAUAGGACAUCCGUACCAGAGUCUACGGUCUUCGAAUCUGUACGACCUCCAAUGUCGGCAAACCCCAAUGUCAAUUCUUACACCUCCGAAUUAGCGGGAAACGUGUCCAACGAGAAAAUCUCAGAUGCAGAGGAGGAAGAGACUAAAGAAGUUGAUGUAGCUACUCAAGAUUUAUUGACUUUUUUUGACCAGCCUCGUGAGGAGAGAAGGAUUCAAAGGGUACUCCGAGAUUCUUUGGAGUAUGAAAGAGUGGUAUAUAAGGGGGACGGUGAUUUCACCCAUGAUUUCACCCGUGAUUUCACUCAUCAGGUCAGCGUCGUGGGGGAACAAGCUGCUGAACGACGCGGACGGACAGUGACUAAUUGGGAAGCACGAUGGUCUCCGAAUACUCGAUUGUUUAUCUCAACAAAUGAAUUUCUUCCCUUGUCUAUAAGUCCAUCCACACCGUCAGGGUCAAAGACACAGGCAUCAACUUUCACUCCAAUUGACAGGGCCAAUGGUAUGUCAAUAUCUAGGGGUUUGCGAAGUACACCUUCUGGUGAAGAUUACUUCAUCAAGGAACAGGAUGAAUUGUCAAGACAUACUGUAACAGACAAUGGAACAUGGGGAGAAAGCUCCAGUGUUGCUUCUUCCACCCCUAUAGCCACUCCACCAGAGAGUGAAAUCGACUUUCCAUUUAAUACUCAAGUAACCCAUGGUCUUGAGCAUGAUCACUUGGCAAUGAAUAUGAAAAGUCUCACAAUCGGAAAUGAUCCAUCCAGGAAGAAAAAGUACGAACUUUGGAGUAUUGUUUGA